AUGAUUGUAAUUUUCAUUUUCAUUUUAAUAGCCGUUGGUUUACUCUCGACCAAAAUCCUUCACAGAUAUAUUUCAAUAAAGAAAAUACCAUGGUACGUUUAUAUAUCAGUUUGGAUAGGUUGGUUCAUGUGUUUUAGUAUUGUCAUUUUAGUACCAAUCGAUAUUUUAUGUACAGAUUAUAGACAAUGUAAACAUAUUAGUGAUAGUCAAUCUGAAAAAUUAAAUGAAAUUAUUACAAAUAUCAGUAAUGGUACCAAUAGUGGUAGUAAUAAUAAUAAUAAUAAUAAUAAUGAAAUUAUAAAUAAAUAUGAUUCAUGUGAAGAACCAUGGGCAUAUAUUUCGAAUGAUAAAUUAGAAUAUAUUUAUCAAACAUUUUAUUUUGGAACAUUAUUAUUAACAUGGUUAGUUUAUCCAUUGAUGGGGUCGUUUGUAUUGGCCGGUGAUUUUCAUUUAUCAGGUAGAAUUACAAGAUCAAUUAAAGAGAAUGCCUAUCUUUAUUUAAUAUUUGGAGUUAUUGGAUUGGUGGUUAUGAUAUGGCUAUUGGCAGUGAAACAAUUGGAUUGGAAUUCAAUGGUUGGUUUCGCAAUGGCGGCAGCCAACACGUGGGGUUUGUGCUUGGUUAUCAUUUUGAUGGGAUACGGGUUGGUGGAGACCCCGCGUUCAAUAUGGGUAAGUUCACAACGUUCAUUGGUCUUGAAGCAUCUGCAAUUUAAAGCAGUGGAGCUUUUAAACUCAAAGAAAAAAGCGAACGAAGAAUUGAUUGCAACCAUGAAGGUGAUAAGAAGGAUUCAGGAGAAGACAAAGAAAUACGACCCCUAUGAAAAGUAUAUUAAAAUCAUCGUGGAUCAAUGUCCACCCGAGCAAUACGCAUUGGUCCAGCGUGGCGAGGGCGACGGCGAGGCUACGUACUCGGUUUUGGUGGCUUUGAAUUCUCGUUUAAAGAAUGCCAUUACCAAUAGCCAGAGAGCAGAGUUUCUCUACGAUCAAUGCUUGGUCGAGGCAUUCGAACUACAAGACAUUCAAAAUAGUGCCAUCAGUUUGGACAAGAAUGUCAAUUGGAGUUUCAGAGAGCAAAGACAGGGUAGAUUCGCUAAAAAAUUGGAUAUUAUGGAAUGGAUUUGGUAUAACUAUUUAGAGAUCUCGGUAUUUAGAGUUGCAGCAAUCGUGUUUGCAGUAUUAUCACUACUCAUCAUUUGGUCUGAAUUUGCUUUGGCUUUCACUUCCUUUGAUAUCUCUGUACUCUCAAAUAUUGUCAAACAUUCAAAUGUUUCAAAUAUCUUUGUUCAAUUUAUACUCUUCUUCCCAUUAGGUUAUGAAGCUUUAACUUGUUAUAGUACUUUAUUUAAAAUUAGAAUUUUCAAUUAUUAUCGUUUAAUUCCACAUCAACAUUCCGAUUCAAAUAGUAUAAUUUUUAGUGCUGCUUAUCUUUGUAGAUUAGGUGCACCAUUAUGUUAUAAUUUUAUUCAAUUUAUUAAUAUGAAUAGUGGUAUUGAGGAUAAUAGAACAUCAUUUUCAGUUGUAAUGGGUACAAUGAAUGUUGCACCAUUUUUAGGAACUUACUUUUACAUAUAUUUCCCAUUGUUAAUUGUUAUUGUUUGUCUAUCGACUUUGUUUAAUGUUUACUCUAGAAUUAUGAAUUGUUUGAAUAUUAGUAAAUUUAGAUUCGAUGUAGAUUUCUCACAUGAACAAAUUGAUGAAGGUAAAUUCUUAAUAGAUAGUGAAAGAAGAAAAUGGACUCAAAAUAAUAUAAAACCUUUAAGUUCAAAAUCACCACCACCAUCUUUAGAUUCAACUUCAAAUAAUCCAAAACAAAUCUUUAAAUCUGGUUCAACUACAAUUUCAAAACAAUCACCACCAAAUCUUAAUGUUAGUGGUGGUAAUAUUAAUAAUAACAACACUAACAAUGGUAAUACAAGUAGUGCUAGAAGUUUCAUCGAUUCAUUCUUGAAAAAGAGUAGUAAUAAUAAUAACAAUAACAAUAAUAACAAUAAUCCAUAUGAACAAACAUUAUUAUUCGACGAAAGUAAUGAUUUUGAUGAUGAUGAUGAUAUUGAAUCUGGUGGUGCUGGUAGACCCACUUAUAAUGCACAUUUAUCAAGUUCAUUCAAUGGUGGUGCAAAUAGUACCUCCAUUAGUGGUUAUCCUCAAAUCAAUAAAAUGUUUGGUGGUGCAAAUAGAUAUUCUCAAUUACCAAAAAAAUAA